AUGGCUACUUUGGUUUCUGGAAGAUCUACAUUGAAUCCUAAUGCACCUCUCUUUAUUCCUAAUGUGUAUCGACAAGUGGAGGAUUUCUCGCCGAAAUGGUGGGAACUUGUGAAAAGUUCGACUUGGUUCCGGGACUUUUGGCUGAGUCAACAUCCGGAGGGGAGUUUUGAUGGUAGUGCUGGUGCUGAUGAUGAUCUUAAGGAUUUGCUUCCGGAGGAUUUGGAUGUUUUUGUUGAAGAGGAGUUUCCUAAUUUGGAAGCUCAGUUUGAGGAGAUGGUCAUGUUGGCUGAAGCUGAAGAGAAAACUGACUUCAGUGCUACCGAUCAUGAAAGGAAGCCUCUAAAUGGUCUCCUAGUGGAUGUGAAAGCUUUGCUCAAGGAACUAAACGUGCCAAAAUCUCCUCCCAACGACAGAAAUCCCAGAUCUCCAAGGACCCCUACGAAGUUCCAGAUGAAGCCACCGCAUCGCGUUACCGGCAAGCGCACGGCACUGCACAUUCACCAGCCUCGCUGA